GAAGAAGCCGGAGCCGGAGGACGGACGCAGCUAUAUAUAGCAGCCCGUUCGCCAAUCUCACGCCUAGGUCGCAAUUGCAGGCGCACGAUCAUCAGGCGCAGAGCAGCAGAAGCGGCGGUUCGCUGCGGGGAGCCGAAACACACGAGGCGGGCCGAGUCGACAGGAGGAGUAGGAAGCGUAGGGCGGCGAGUGGUUGGCGUUUUCAGGGGCAUCGCCCGGGCGGUACGGCGGCGGAGGCGGCUGGCAGGGCGCCGCGGCGGCGGCGAUGGGGGACUACGAGCUCGUCCAGAGCAAAGACGAGCCCGCCCUCGCGGUGGAUCUGGAGGCCGGCGGGCGCUGCGACUAUGACCACCACAAGGUGGGUGGGUCCAGGGGCGCCGCCGGCCCCUCUCCGUCGUCAGCGUCGCCGUCGCCGUCGGCGAGGCAGCUGCAGCGGCUCGUCUCGCUCGACGUGUUCCGAGGGAUCACCGUGCUGCUUAUGAUCAUCGUGGAUGACGCUGGAGCAUUCCUACCGCCGAUGAACCACUCCCCAUGGGACGGCGUAACAGUGGCUGAUUUCGUCAUGCCUUUUUUCCUUUUCAUAGUUGGAGUCGCCCUAGCACUCGCGCACAAGAGAGUGCAGGACAAGUUGGACGCAACGAAAAAGGCAGUGCUCCGUGCGCUGAAGCUGUUCUGCCUCGGUCUUGUUCUACAAGGUGGAUUCUUUCAUGGUGUUCGUAGUCUGACUUUUGGGGUUGAUCUUCAACUGAUACGGUUGAUGGGUAUACUGCAGAGAAUUGCAAUAGCUUAUCUAUUGACUGCCCUCUGUGAAAUUUGGCUGAAAGGAGAUGAAGACGUACAUUAUGGAUUUGAUUUGCUGAAGAGAUACCGCUACCAAUUGUUUGUAGGUUCGGUCGUUGCAAUCACAUACAUGGCCCUGUUAUAUGGUACCUAUGUUCCUGACUGGGAAUAUCAAAUAUCAGGUCCUGGUUCCACAGAGAAGUCCUUCUCUGUAAAAUGCGGAGUAAGAGGCGACACCAGUCCAGGUUGCAAUGCGGUUGGCAUGAUCGACCGUAAAAUCUUGGGCAUCCAACAUCUCUACGGUAGACCGGUUUACAUGCGAUCCAAGCAAUGCAGCAUCGAUUCACCACAAAAUGGGCCCCUUCCUCCCGAUGCUCCCUCUUGGUGCCAGGCCCCUUUUGACCCUGAAGGGCUUCUCAGUUCUGUUAUGGCCAUUGUCACGUGCUUGAUUGGGCUCCAAUACGGACACAUCAUUGUACAUUUCCAGAAACACAAGGACAGGAUCGUGAACUGGCUACUCCCUUCCUUCAGCAUGCUAGUCCUAGCCUUGUCAAUGGACUUCUUUGGAGUGCAUAUGAAUAAGCCGUUGUACACCGUAAGUUACACCUUGGCCACCGCCGGUGCCGCUGGCCUCCUCUUCGCCGGAAUCUACACGCUGGUGGACCUCUACGGCUACCGGCGGCUGACCGUCGCCAUGGAGUGGAUGGGGACGCACGCGCUGAUGAUCUACGUCCUGAUCGCGUGCAACAUCGUGCCCAUCUUCAUCCAUGGCUUCUACUGGGGGGAGCCCAAGAACAACCUUCUCAAGUUCAUCGGAAUUGGGGCAUGAGGUCACGACGAUACACGGAUACCGAGAUUAUUUAGGAGUCCAUAUGGACAUAUAUAGAGGAGAGAAGCAAUUCAUGAGGCCUAGUUUUGCUAUACGGCCACUGCGUCAUUGCUGCUGCUCAGAGUGCCUUUCUCUGUGAGCCCUUGUAUAUGGUACAGAAGCCUUGCGUAUAUGAUAACGAUACGAUCUGAAAGGAAAAUAAGUACAGUACAGAGAUCUU